AUGACAUCUGUAGCCAUGAAGUGCUUUGAAAGGCUGGUGACCAUGGCUCACAUCAAUACCAUUAUCCCAGAGACCCUUGACCGACUGCAAUUUGAAUACCGCAAUAUGAACGGGGAGGUGGACAUAGAAGUGACAGGCGAAGAUGGCGACACUACAUUCUCGGUCAAUCCAGACGGUGCUCUCUGCCUAAACAUAGAGUUAGACAGAGAGAGCAGCUCAGACUACCGUCUGACAGUCCAGGCUACCGAUCGUGCUCUGUCCAUUUCUAGACGCCUGACUGCCACAGCACGUGUUGUCGUCAAUGUAGACGAUAUAAACGACAACAUGCCGUCUUUCACGUCAGCCGGUAGUGUCACCAUCCCAGAAGACACUGCUCUCCAGGCUGUUGUCAUGGUGAUACAGGCAGUGGAUGUGGACUCAGGAUCCAACGGGGACGUCGUUUACACCCUGGAGGACACGUCAGUCAGUGUGUUCAGUAUCAACAGUACUAAUGGUUGUCUGUACCUGCAGCAGCCUCUGGACAGAGAGCAGUUGGAUACGCUGACUGUCACUGUGACAGCCACAGACAGAGGCUCUCCUCCGCUGGCCUCCUCUAUGAACCUAGCAGUGCAUGUAGAGGACGUCAACGACCACAACCCAGAGUUCACACACAACUACUACAGCCUGGCAGUCCGAGAGGAUACCCCCAGAGGAACCAGCCUGUUGCAGCUCCGUGCUCUGGAUGGGGACAUUGGCUUUAAUGGACAGGUGUGGUACAAUGAGCUGUCCCAGGGUCACAAGAAAGACAAUGGGUCUAAUGGACAGGUGCGCUAUCAGCUGUCUCAGAGGAGUCCGUUCCUGGUGGACUCAGUCCGAGGUGUCAUCUCCCUGAUAGACAGGCUGGACAGAGAGAGAGACUCCUUUCACCUGCUAGCCGUCACAGCCAUGGACCAGGGCAGCAUGCCCAGGUCAGCCACUGCUGUGGUCAACAUCACUGUCCUAGAUGUCAAUGACUGCAGCCCGCUGUUCUCUCCAGACACACUGACGCUCCAUGUGUUGGAGAACGGCGGAGACCCGUCUCAGCUCACCCACCAGGUGUCAGCUAGGGAUGAUGAUCUAGGGGUGAACAGCCAGAUGAGGUACUUCAUAGAUAGAGACUGGGAGGGUCUCUUCUCUCUGUCGCCAAACGGCACCUUUCACAUACUACAGAGCCUGGACAGGGAGGUGACAUCUCUCUACAAGUUAGACAUCAUGGCUGUCGACUCAGGUUUGCCGCCUCUGACAGGGACUGUGACAGUCCAUGUUGUAGUGGACGAUAUGAAUGACAACCGGCCAGUGUUUAGUGGGAGGUACUCCAUAGAGAGUGCUGAUGGACCCUUCUCUAUUGAGGACACGUCUGGGGAGCUGUUGACCACUGGCGUGCUGGACAGGGAGGCGGUGGCAAUCUACAGACUGACUGUGGUGGCCAGGGACACACACCCCACACAGCAGCUGUCCAGCUCUGUACAGGUGUCUGUCCUGGUUGCGGAUGUCAACGACCACUGGCCUCAGUUCCUCCACAGCCCCUAUGUGGCUAACAUGCCGGCUGGAUCUGCUCCAGGGUCUGUUGUGUGUGCGGUGAGAGCAGUGGAUGGGGACUCAGGGAUCAAUGCACAGCUUCAGUUCUUCUUAUACGGGCAGAACACUGGCCAGUUCUUCAUCAGCCCACACAGGGGAACCAUUUUCACCACUGGUGCCCUCGCAGGGACAAACGACUUCACUAUCAACGUGCACGUGGAAGACGGGGGAGACCAUCCUAAAUUUGACACAACAACUGUUACCAUCAGAUUCCAGAAUGCCUCAGAGUUCCCCACAGUUGGUGUAGAUGUUCUCAGACCAUCUCUCUCUGAAGAGGAUCCAGAGGGAACCUUGGUAGCUCUGGUCUCAGCCGGGACUUCCAGAGCAGGUCCAGUCUCCUUCUACCUGGUGUCUGGAGACUCUGACCACCUGUUCCGCCUCCACCAAGCCACUGGCCAGUUGACCAUCCACCACCCUCUGGACUAUGAGACCAACAAAGAGUUUGUACUGCUGGUGGAGGCCAGAGAUGCAGGCUCCCCACCGUUCUCUUCUUAUGCAGAUAUUCACGUGAAUGUCACUGAUGUGAACGAUAACGCACCGCAAUUCACUCAGCGUGAAUAUAGGUGUGAGGUACUGGAGAACUCUCCAGCGACGUGGGUGUGUGACGUGCUCGCCAUCGAUGCGGACUCUGGGAGUUAUGGAAAGGUGCAGUACAGCAUUUUAGAGCGGAACAACAUUGACCAUGUUUUUACCAUCGAUUCAGAAAAUGGCAUGCUGAGCACAACAACGAGUUUAGACCGCGAAGAAAUACCUGAGUACAAUUUAACCAUCGUAGCGGCAGACAAAAACAACCGUUUCUAUAAAGACAUUGCAGUCAUGCUGGUGGUGGUUGUGGACACAAACGACCACGCACCUCGGUUUACACAGAUCUUCUUCACUGAGGUAACUGAGGACUCUCCUAUCGGACACACCAUUUUACAGAUCGUCUCAACAGAUGACGACAUCGGUGCCAAUGCUGUGAUGACUUAUUCCAUAAUUGACCAGAUGGAUGACGUUCUUCCCUUCAGUAUUGAUAAGACUAGUGGGUGUAUAACAGUGUUGCUGUCCCUGGACAGGGAGACCCAGGACCAUUAUGUGGUGAAAGUCAAUGCCAACGACUCAGCUUGGACCAUUAGUACAGACGUGACAAUAGAAGUAACCGAUGUUAAUGACAACAAACCUGUCUUUACUAAACAGGUCUACACCGCUACCGUCACUGAGACCAGGGCCCAGGAAGUAUUUGUUAUGCGAGUUCUCGCUAUGGAUGCUGACCUGGGACAAAACAGUCAGAUUGUGUAUCUGAUCGACCCUCCCAGUGAGCACUUCUGGGUCAAUGCGUCAACUGGGGAUAUUCUCACCAAGCAACCCAUAUCUUUACUACAUCAGUCUGCCUCUCUGAGCUUUAGUAUUACGGUUGUAGCCUCUGACUGUGGCAAUGUUCGUUCAUACAGUAACUCCAUGGUCAUUGUAACCGUUGUUCAGUAUAACCACUUCCCUCCCAGCUUCCUGCCUUUCCCGCCUCUCCUGUCCAUCCCCUUUAACAUCACCAUGGGAUCCGAGGUGGUGCGGCUAACAGCCGUGGACCGGGACUCCAAUCGCAGCAAAAGCAACACUACUAUAGAAUACAGUCUCGCCGGAGGUAACGCAUCAGAUUUUUUUGUAAUAAACAUGGACGAUGGGAGACUGAUGCUUAAUAGGACAUUGAGGCAAAGCAUUAACUCACUGUUGAUGCUCAUAGUUACAGCUAACGACCAGGGGUUCCCUCCUCUCUCAUCACAGGCUGUUGUUCAAUUUGAGGUUACAGGAGAGAAUCAGUUUUCCCCGCAGUUUUCAGAGAUGUAUGUUACCUUCUCCGUCCCUGAGGAUCUGCUAGUGGGCUCAGUCAUUGGGAAAGUCCAGGCCGAAGACAGAGACGAUGGUGUCAAUGGUGUGCUCUCAUACUCUAUAACGUCAGGAUACAAAUAUUCACCGUUCUCUUUAGGACAGAGGUCAGGGUUGAUUACCCUAGUCGAAAGGCUGGACUAUGAGAAACAAGGAGUUUAUCAUAUUCAGAUCACCGCCAAAGACGGAGGCUGGAUCUCUAAGACGGGGACGGUAAUCAUGACCGUGAAUGUCAGUGACGUGAAUGACAACCCUCCGGUCUUCACAUUGUCACAGUACACAGCCUCAGUGCUGGAGAACUCUGCGGUUGGGACACCGGUCCUCCAGGUCAGUGCUACCGAUGCAGACUCAAGCGCCAAUGCAUAUAUCACCUACUCACUGAUGGCCAGUGGACACUCUGGCCAGUUUGCCAUCGACUCCAGGAACGGCACUGUCACCACUCUGGAUAUCUUUGACUUUGAACUCACGCGGUCCUUCAAAAUAACUGUCAAGGCCUCAGACGCAGAAAACCGCCAUUCAUUCAGCGUCGCGCACGUUAAUAUCCAAGUCUCAGGAGUCAACGAGUUCAGCCCAGCGUUCCUGCAGCACGAGUUCAACCUGUCCGUCUCCGAGAAUGUAUCUAUUGGAACUAGAGUUGGCAAGGUAACCGCCACUGACUCUGACGAAGGCCUGGACGGACUGGUCUUUUACCUGAUCAUUGGACAAAGCCGAUGGACAGGCUUCGACGUAGAUGAACAGAGCGGAGAGAUCUACAUCACCGCUGAUCUGAGGAAGCAGGGCUACAGCCAUGUCACCCUGAGAAUCCUAGCUAAGAACCGAGGCGUCAUCACAGGGCUAGACGUGGACGAAGCCUUGGUCCACAUCAAUAUAGUGGACACUAACGACCCACCAGAGUUCUCCUUGGGGCUCUACAGUGCGGAGAUCAGGGAGGACAGCCUUGUGGGGAAUUCUGUUAUCAGAGUGGUUGCCCUGGACCAGGACUCUGUCCCAGAGUGGAGCCGCUUCUCCUACAGCAUCCCGGAUGGAAACGUCAACUCACCCUUCUUUGUAGACCCUGUCAGUGGACUUGUGUCUGUCAGUGCCCCCCUGGACAGAGAACUCUGGCCCCUAUACAACCUGACUGUGACAGCCACAGACCAGGGUUCUCCACCAGCCACUGGAACUGCUCAAAUUGUGGUGACCAUUACUGACGUUAAUGACAACGCCCCCACAUUAGUCAACAUACAUGGACAGGUGAAGGAGAACCAGCCUGCUGGUACCAUAGUGGCCAGGCUCAACACCUCUGAUGCUGAUCUACCUCCCAACCAGGGGCCAUUCUCCUACAGGAUUGUCCAGCCUGCCUCAGGGAGGAGCUUCACCCUAACUUCCGAUGGAGUCCUUUCCACCUCCAGACCUUUGGACCGGGAGGUCAACUCGGUGUUUCAUCUGUCGGUGGUGAUCAGUGACGCAGGGACUCCUCCACUGUCCUCCACCACGAUGUUUAACGUCAGAGUGGAGGAUGAGAACGAUAACCCAUCGGUCCCGAGGAACGUCUACAUCGAGGUAAAGUACUAUGGCAGUGCCUUCCCUGGCGGCUUCAUCGGCGACGUCAGACCAGAGGACCAGGAUGUGGUGGACACGUUUAACUGCAGCAUCAGAAACGGACCUCUUAACAUGUUCACGAUCCCUGACGGCACCUGCCAUAUCUGGUCUUCUCCAUACCAGGGAGAAGCUACGUACAACAUCACAAUUGAGGCCACCGACCACCUCCACCCUCCCGUUAACAACAGUAUCUACGUGAACUACAAAGGCUUCACCAACGCUUCUAUGGACAGCUGUAUACUGUUCUAUGUGGCGUCCACCUCGGUCGAAGACUUCUUGACGCUCAAUUAUUUGAAGUUUGUCAAAGCCCUGGACAGCCUGUUCAACCUGCAGGCCUCCAAGACUCACAUGUUUGGGAUUAAGCCUACAGGUGAUAAAGUCCUGCUCCUGGCUGCGGUGAAGAGUUACAACGGUCAGUACCUGAAUGGAGAGGUCGCCAGCAGUAUCUCUGCUGCCCACCAGAAACUCCUAGAAGCUCAGAGCAACAUCAGUCUGUCCUACAUCACCAGCGACCCCUGCCUCGUCAACCCCUGUCUGAACGGCGCCACCUGCAACAAAAAUGUCCACAUCGAAUGA